AUGUCCGACUACGAAGACGACAUGGACGUCGACAUGGAGUCAACCUCCAAACCCUCCGACGACAUCACCUUCUCCUCUUCCACCACCGCCAAAGGCAAACGCAGCGCCGCGAACCUCCCCAUCGAAGCCGAAGACACCCUCCCGUGGGUCGAGAAGUACCGCCCCAGCUCCCUCGACGACGUCCACGGCCACCAAGACAUCCUCGCCACGAUCAACAAAUUCGUCGACUCCAACCGCCUACCCCAUCUCCUCCUCUACGGCCCACCAGGAACAGGAAAGACCUCAACUGUCCUCGCUCUCGCACGACGCAUCUACGGCAACAAAAACAUGCGACAAAUGGUGCUAGAAUUGAACGCUUCCGACGACAGAGGUAUCGACGUGGUCCGGGAACAAAUUAAAACUUUCAGCUCGACGAAACAGAUCUUCGCCGGCAGUUUCGACAAGUCAGCCCAGCAAAGCACGAUUGCGAAUUACAAGCUCAUCAUCCUCGACGAGGCGGACGCCAUGACCAGCACGGCGCAGAUGGCGUUGCGGCGGAUCAUGGAGAAGUACACGGCCAAUACGCGGUUCUGCAUCAUUGCGAAUUACACACAUAAGCUCAGUCCGGCGUUGUUGUCGCGGUGUACGAGAUUUCGAUUCUCGCCGUUGAAAGAGGUGGAUAUCAGACAAUUGGUGGACAAGGUCGUGCGGGAGGAGGAUGUGAAUAUCGCGCCCGAUGCGACGGAUAGCCUGGUGACGCUGUCGAAGGGAGAUAUGCGAAGGGCGCUGAAUGUGCUGCAAGCAUGUCAUGCAUCCUCGACACCGCUGAAUGUGCCUGGAGAGAAAGUCAAGACGGGCAAGGAUAUCACACGAGAUCUCAUCACGAACGAGACGAUCUACGACUGCAUUGCGGCACCGCAUCCGGGAGACAUCGCGACCAUUGUGCAGACGCUGUUGACGACGGCGAACGUGGGGUCGUGUCUGAGUACGAUCAACACGUUGAAGAAGACGAAGGGACUGGCGUUGGCGGAUAUUCUGACGGCGAUGGGGGAGCAGUUGUCGGAGUUGGAGGUUCCGACGCAAACGAGGGUGGCGUGGUUGGAGGGGCUGGCGGAUAUCGAGUAUCGGUUGAGUGGAGGUGGGAGUGAGAGUUUGCAGACAGGAGGGUUGCAAGGCCGCCAUGGCAGCGUACAGCCAUCAUCAACCACCCAACCCCCUCACUGCGCCGCAACAACCUCCUCCUUCCCCUUCGCAACCUCCACCUGCCUCUCCUUCGUAGCCUUAUCCACCCCGAAAUUCGCCGCCAACUUCUUCAACCUCUCGUACGCCUCUUGCUCCUGGACCUCCACCCCACCCGUCGCCGAGACCGCGGCCGGCAACAACACACUCUGCUCAAUCUCAUAA